AUGAAGUGCAAGAAAAGGGGGCAUACUGCUAGUUACUGCAGGAGCACAACACCUGCAACAGUCAAUCAACAAACCAAUAAUGGGACAGGUCUUGGUGAAGGAAGAAAAUGCCACGAGUGUGGGGAGGUUGGACAGAUCAAGAAAGAAUGUCCAAAGUUAAGGAGUCAAGGAGGCAUAGGACGUGGCAGGGCGUUUGUGAUCGGAAGCAGAGAGGCUAUCCAGGACCCUUCGGUCGAAUCUGGUAUGUUUCUCAUAGAUAAUUUAUAUGCUACCAUACUCUUCGACUCUGGAGAAGAUCGAAGUUUUAUAACUCUGACAUUUAGAAAAUUGUUAAGUCAUAAGUCUAGCAGAUUAAAAGAAAUCUAUGAAGUAGAAAUUGCUGACGGACAAUCUGAGAAAACACAUGAAACCCUAGAAAAAUGUUUGUUAACUCUUAAUAACUACCUUUUUCACGUCAACCUCAUGCCAAUGCCAAUCGGUAGUUUUGAUGUCAUAAUUGGCAUGGAUUGGUUAUCUUCACACCAUGCUGAAAUUUUAUGUCAUGAGAAAGCCAUACGACUAUCCUUACCAAAUGGUGAAGCCCUGAUUAUCUAUGGUGAUAAAUCUGGGAAGAACCUCAAAGUCAUCUCUUGUACUAAGACCUAG